AUUGAUUUGAGCUUCGCGAUUCGUUUUACGCCCUGCCGCGGUACCCAACUGUCUGGAACUUUGUCUCAUUUUCGCAUGUUUUAUUUAUAAUUCUGGAAUCAAAGUUGACACAUUUUGCGAUAAGAUGAGUCAAGCAUUAUUCGAUGCCCUCGCUGGCAUCGAUGGGAGUGGCCUAGGAAUGCAAAGUCUUUUAGAGACCACUCCCACUAGCACCAUGACAACCAUCGUUCAAGACCCAAAUGCAGGUGUUGAUGAAGAGGACAUAUUCCAGUGCGGGAAAUGCAAGAAGCAGUUCACAUCCCUCAACUCCUUCAUGAACCACAAGAGGGAUCACUGCGUACCGCCUAUCUCAACGCACCCCAUACAGACCAUAACGACCCUGCCACGCCCUCAACCCAUCUCCGCUGCCGCUCCUCACUCAGUCAACAGUGCCUUCUCCACCCUCACCCAGACCUCGCUGGGGAACCGUCUAUCCCUGGGCGGCACCGGCAUCGGGCCGGUGCCCCCGUCCCCCUUGGCGCAGCUACCGUCCAACAUGGUGCUUGGAGAGGAGGUGCUGAUCUCCCAGUUUGCCAAUGUGGAGCAGAACAUUCAGCAGCUUCAGAACACCCUGUUGAACUCUGGUUCUCUCUCCUCGGCGCCGUUCAUCACGUCUCAGGCGGCUUCUAGGCUUCUGACUUCCACCACGCCGGUCUCAUCAGGAGGUUCGUCAGCUGGGUCAUCGGGCUCUGCUAACCCUGUACAACAGACUCUAAACAUCGGUCAGGUGACCAACAUUCAGAUAGUUCAACCCAAUGGCAACAUCACUUUGCAGCAGGUACUCCCCAACUCAAACCAGCAGGAGCAGACCCUCCUGCAGCAGCAACAGCAGCAGCAAGGACAAACCCUGAUACAACCUGCCGCCAUCAUGCCACAACCCCCUAGGACCUCGGGGGUGCAGGAACUCACCCGUAUUGCUCCCAUGACCAACCUGGUUCAAGGUAACGGUGAUGGAGGUGACCCCCUGAACAGACCUGAUCAUAUCUACAGCCUCACUGCCAGGAGGAAGCGUAGGGGAGAGGCUGAGAGUAAGAAGACGGGGAAACUCAGAUGCAACUACUGCGACAGGACGUUUGCAAAGAACUUUGACCUGAAUCAGCAUCUACGCAGUCACACGGGAGAGAAACCAUUUCAGUGCAUUGUAUGCGGGAGAGCAUUCGCUCAGAAGUCAAAUGUCAAGAAGCACAUGCAAACACACAAAGUAUGGCCAGAAGGAAAGAAAGCAACUUUGCCUAAUAAACCUAUACUGAAGGUUACCAAUCUUGGAGAAGAGAAUAGUGCCAAAAAUGCCAAGAUCCGUUUGGAUGCAGGCGGUAGUCAGGAUUUGUUAGAACCCAUCCCAAGAGAAGAAAUGCUGAUCGAUAACUCCUACGUGUGUAACUUUUGUAAUGAGAAGUUCAAGAACUACUAUCAGCUGAAGACACACAUGAGACAACACAAAGAUGAGCAGCUGUACAAGUGCAUAGUGAAGAGUUGCUCACAAACCUUCAAGAACCUUGAUGAAUUCCUGGAGCACAUCAGAUCCCACGACAAGGAACUCUCCUAUCGAUGUCACCUGUGCAACAAGCAGUUCAAUGACCUCAAUGAUCUAGGUGUCCAUCAAUAUUCACACAGCCUCUAUCCAAACCAAGGUCCAAAACUUGUUCAAAAAGAAUUCAAGUGUCCCAAAUGUAACAGCAAGUAUUCAUCACCCGAUGCUCUUGAACACCACAUGAACACCUCAUCACAUAAAUUCAACUGCCCAGAAUGUAACAAGGUCUUUACCUGUGAACGCUACCUGCGACGCCACCUUGUCUCCCAUUCCACCCAAGCCCUGCACGAGUGCCACAUCUGCAACAAAAAGUUCAAGAGUGAGCACUAUCUGAAAUCUCACAUUCUCAUUCACACCGGUCAGAAACCAUUCAGCUGUCAGGUCUGUCAGACCGAGUUCAAUCGCAAGGACAAACUGAAGAGACACAUGCUGAUUCAUGAACCCACCAAGAAAUUCAAGUGUCCAUUCCACACGGUAGCUGGCUGCACGAUGGCGUUCAAUCGGGCGGACAAACUGAAAGCUCACAUCAUCACGCACAGCGGGAUCAAACCCUUCAAGUGCUUCCACUGCUCAAAGACAUUCAGCCGUAGGCCCAACCUGGCUGAACACAUGAAGCUCCACACCAACGACUUUCCGUACCGUUGUGAGAAGUGCAACAAGGGAUAUGCCAGAGAGAAGUACCUGAAGAACCAUAACUGUAAUGCCAAAACGGGUCCCAAACGAACAUCGAUCAUUGAUGGCACAAACAUAAGCCUGGACUAUGCUGCGAAGCUGAUUGAUGCGGGAGCUAUCCUAGAUGCAGAUGAGAUUCAGUUGCAGAGUAGUAUCGCUGAAGCCUUGGCCCUGAAGACCAAGAAAAAGAGGGGCAGAAAAAGGAAGAGCGAUCUACAACCAAUGAAAGGAAAAGAAGAUACAAAGGAGGAGGAAGAGGAAGUAAGGAUCGUCCAGACAAAGACAAGACAGGUGAGGAUGAAAACUGGUUCUAUCCUUAGCAAACCAAAACGAACCAAGAAACUAAAGACAAAGCCAAAGCAGACCAAGCUCCAAACGCCACUUAUGUCGGAGAAAUCCACCAUUGCUGCAAUUGAGGAAGACCUUGCCAUCAUUCAAAAUGUACUAGCCCAACACAGUAAUGAUGUCAGUGUUAGUGUGGGUGUCGGAAUGGAAGGCCUUGGCACGGACCAAACAGACAGUGGACAUAGCCUUGCCUCCUCUCUUUCUCGUCAGUCUGGAGUGAAUAUCAGUCUUCCGUCAGAGUCUUUGAUCCAGGAUCCUAUAAACAUGGAACCUGGAGACCUGAGUGGGCCGAUGCUUCCAGUGGUAGUGACACACGGUCAUGGACUCGAAGGAAUGGAGGACGUGGUGGUGGUAGUAUCUAGACCUUGAGUGUUCAAAUAGGCUCUUUACUUGGAGGAAAAAAAGUCUAUAAAGAAAGUUUGAAUUGUGUAUCCUUCGAUACACAUCACAUCAGUGAUUUUUUAGUGAUGAUAAUUUGGUAAAAAUCUCCAAACAAUUUUAUAAUAGUUGCAUUUAGUUACUCAUUAGUUUCCAGAAUGAAACAUGCUCACACUGACAUGACUGAUUCCAUCCACCUAAUAUUGAAUGUCCCUCAUUUUUUAAGAUUUGGCGAUGUACUUGGAGAAACGCCCAAGAUAUAUUCAACCAGCUAUAUCUUCACAAGUCAGGUGGCCAAAAUAAC